UAUUCCAUAUGUCCAACGUGGUGUUUUGGCAAAUUUAAUAUAGUGGAUGUGGCUUUUUACAGUCAGUGGCCACUGGGCGGCGACAAAGCACUGUUUUAAAUUCCACAUCUUUAAUUAGCAUAAUAGUUAAAAUAAAAGUUCAGUAAGAACAAAACUUUUAAAUGAUGGAAGGCGAAUGAGAAAAAACAACCAUUGAGUAAUAAAUAUAUUUUUAUAGUUACGACUUAAAUUUACUUACGAGACAACUUUAUUUUAAAAAAAGGACUGCACUAAUUAAUAGUUAGUUAUUUGAUCUUUUUGUAAUAUUUUAGUGUAUUAUUUGAUUUAUUCAUGUAAUUUAUUGGUUAAUGUAAACGAAUUCCUCUGAACCCACGAUUACAAUGGCAUUGCGUUUACAAGUUGCCAUGACAACACAGAGUCAGCGCGAGACAAACUGCGUUCACCUGCAACAGCAUGAAAACUACUUCACAGGAAAAGACAGAAUGGGUAAAUUACACAAAGGACGAGAAAUAAGUGAAGGAUGUGCCUCCUCCAUUCCUACAAAGUAUCAAACAGUCAUCAUCAAUAAUGAAGAAAAGAAAGGAUUUUCUUCACAGUCAAAGAGGUUUCAAGAGCACACGAACGAGAACCCAGGACCCGGCUCAUAUUACUCACAUAUAACCACAGAAACCUGCAGUCCUUCAUUCUCAAAAAGAGGAACUGGCAGCUUUGCUUCAAAGGCUGCUCGAGUUCCCCGUAGCUUUAAGAGAGGAAACCCAGGUCCUGAUGCUUAUAACCUGCAGACGUCUUUCCGUCACCAAUACGACUUUAACAGAGGAGAAUCCAGAACGUUUCGCCUGCCAAUCGCAGUGAAGAGAGAGACACCAAAAAUACAAAAUCCUGCACCAAAUCAAUAUAACGUGUCCUAUACCAGCGUGGACAGAGAUGCAACAGUUUCUGCACGGUGUGCAUUUCUAUCUAAAACAAAACGAAGUGCCAGCUUGCCUAACAAUUAUAAAGGACCUUCGCCAUGCCACUAUAACGUGAAUGAUGUUUUGGUCCAGACGUCUCCUAAAGUUCCUUUCUCCUGUUUUAAAUCCACCACCGCACGAGUCCAACCACCAAUGAGGAAUGACAACCCAGGCCCCGGGACCUACAGGCCCUAUCAAACUCCUGAACCUGUGAAAAGAACCGUUCUACCAAGGAGAUGUUAUUUGGGAUUGUCAGCACCUCCUCUGAUUCCUGCUAAAGAUCCACCCCUCCCCGGGCCCGGACACUAUGAUAUAGUCAAGUACCACGGUCCAGUUAAAUACCCGGUGUCCAGCGCCGCCUUUCUGUCUGGGACACACAGAUGUUUACAAGAGAGUACAGAAGAGGAACUACCUGGUCCAGGUUACUAUGAACCCAAGGUCCUUUCAAAGACAUCCUUCUUGUACAAUCCUGCAAAAAACUGGAUACCGGCAUAAAGACAUGUCAAAAGAGAGAUGCUUUAGUAAAAAAAAAAGAUUUGCAUGUGUAGAUUUUAAAAUAAUAAUAAGCUGUCAAUCAAAUUUAUUAGAUCUUAUUUUUACAAAGCCCUAUGGAGAUUAUUUAAGUCAAACAUAUAUUUUGUGUAAUUACUGUAAUAAAAAUGAAUGUUUUAUUAAUCACAUAUAGAAAGGAACUGUAUAACAAUAUCUCAUGCUUUUUUGUUGCAUUAAAAUUCACUCAUGAUUGCACAAA